GUCGAAUAUUGGGAACGCAGUACCUUCAAGAUCUUGAUGGCUCCUUUCCCAACCGUAUCGUCCUCAGCUGUUGCAGCCAGCACGUUCACUGAGUACCGAAACCUGUGGGGAAAAGGGCAGAGGAUCACUACCAAAGAAUCAACACUGUUACCUGAGAUCCUUUCCAUUUUUCUACUUUCACAUAUGCUCCAGACGGUCGGAAGAGCAGACGAUUUACUUGCACCAUGGCUCCAGAGGCACCCCGGCUUCCUUUGCUUCGUCCUCUAGGCGUACUGGAGAAGUUCAUGGUUGCUCGAAGUCAACUUGGUGUCUACCAAAAAGUAGCAGUGACAGCACGAUACAAACGUGCAAGCCGAGGGGACUUGAAGAAAGCUUUAUGCGCCGCUCUGACUGUGGUCAUCUCACGGUAUCCAAACCUCUCAAUUGUACCGGUCAACCUUGACUCGCCAGAACCAUCUUUCGCCCGUCUGCCCUCGGUUGAUCUCGAUCAAAUUGUUAGAUUCGUCGAGGUCGACGAACUUGCGGAUGGCGAUCACAGAUUUCCGGCUCUAGAUCGCAUCCUGGAGAGCGAGCACAGUCAGCCUUGGAAGCUUACCACACCGCCCACACUGCCGCUAUGGCGGCUUCACGUUCUCCAGCAGCACGGCGGCAACGCGUCGACUUUCAUCCUGUGCUACUUCUUCCACCACUCAAUUGGCGAUACAAAAAGUGCUCUGGUCUUUCACCAAGCUCUCGAAGCUGCGCUGAAUAGUCCGGUCGAAGGCGAGCCAGUGUCGAAAGUCGAGACAUCCAGGUUACCACUCCUACCACCGCUGGACUAUUUCGUCGACACGCCGGCAACAGGAUGUUCGAAUGAAUCACAAAGUCAAGAGCAGCCAGACAAGGUCUGGACCGGCGCUGUUCAGUCACUCCCUGUACAGACCAGAUUCCGAUCGCUCUGGCUCACGACCGACCACACGAGUCGAUUCUUACACGUGUGCAAAAUCAACAGGGUAUCACUGACGGCUGCGUUGCAAGCCAUGCUUGUCGGAGCUCUUUUCUCGAAGUUGCCACGAGAGUACAGGACGGUCAAAACAGACUGCGCUAUUUCGCUACGUGACUGGCUUCCGGAUCCGAUUGAUGCAGACUCUAUGGGUGUUUUCGUAGAUACUUUUUUCGAAACGCACCAACGACCGGCGUUACAGGACAGACCCAAAUGUGCUUUCUCUUGGGCAAUGGCGAAGGAGACGGGGAAGAGAAUUGACAGGGUCGUACAGGAACGAAAGGGAGAUGGUUUGAUAGGGCGGUUGUCGCAGGUACAAGAUGUCAAGUCCUGGACGAUGGAGAGGAUGGGCCAUCGCAGGACUACGAGCUUGGAGCUGUCGAACGUGGGCAAGCUUCCCAGUCUUGUCGCGGUGAAAGACUAUGUGAUUGAGAGUUUGGUGUUCAGUCAAAGUGCUGGGGCACUCAGCGGUGCGAUCAAAGUCAGUUGCGUGACUGGACGGGACGGUCGACUUGUGCUAGGCUUUACGUGGCAGAAGGGUGUUGUUGACGAGGACCUGGUCGACGGCGUGAUCAGUGAAUUUCAGCUGAUUAUCUACCAGGAGUUGUACAUGGUUGAUCCUAGCACCUGAGUUUUUGAGUUGAGUUUCCGUCCACACUGUGGCCGCCUCUGACUUGUAUCGAUCGAAUCAGUGGAUGAUGCAUGAUGAUG